AUGCCUGCCUCGUGGCUGCACCUGUCUGCCUGCACCUGCCUGCCCACCUGCCUGCAUGCCUGCCUGCCUGCCUGCCCACCUGCCUGCAGCUGCCUGCUUGCCUGCCUGCCUGCCUGCCUGCCCACCUGUCUGCCUGCAUGCCCACCUGCCCACCUGCCUGCCCACCUGCCUGCCUGCCCACCUGCCUGCCUGCCUGCACCUGCCUGCCUGGCUGCCCACUGCCUGCCUGCAUGCCUGCCUGCAUGCCUGCCUGCCCACCUGCCUCGUGGCUGCAGACUGCCUGCCUGCAUGCCUGCCUGCAUGCCUGUCUGCCUGCAUGCCUGCCUGCCCACCUGCCUCGUGGCUGCCCAGCUGCCUGCCUGCAUGCCUGCCUGCAUGCCUGCCUGCCUGCCUGCCUGCCUCGUGGCUGCUGCUAUCUACCUACAUACCUACCUACCCACCCACCUACCUACGUAG